GUCAUAUAGCACCGAUCAAGUGUCAGUUCUGUAAAUAAAGAGUAAGGUUAUUUCUGUUUUUCUCUCACAGUUUGUUUUUAUCCCCAUAUAUAUUUUCAAAAUGUGCUGGAGUGAACUAACUUUACCGAAAGAAAUAUGAAAAUAUGUUAAUUAUAGGAUGGAAAGUGACCAUCUUGAGAAAUCUUCUUUUUGGAAGAAGAAUGUGAAGUCAGUAGCUGGAAGGCCGAGCCCCAAAAGAGAAGGAAAAGAUAUCAAGAGAACACCGGGCUCGACAUCAUUUCAAGAUUUUCAGGCAUCAGUUAGUGAUGCUUGGGACCUAGACGAUGACGAAUUUUGUGUAAUAUCGGGACUAGAAAAUACAAAGAUAUCAAAAAAAGUCGCACACUCAGCAGCUUUAAAUGUUCUAAAUAGUCACAGAAGUAACUAUGAGUUUGAAUCAUCUACUGAAAAUAAAAAAAAUGAAAAAGUUGAUAGCUUGGAAACUGAACAGAAUAAAAUCAGUCGAAUACCUGGUAGACCAAAACCAAUUCGUAGAUUACCAAAUGAACAAGAAGGAGUAGAGAAUAAAUUAGAAAAAUUCCAAAAUCUUCUAGAAAAUUCAACAACACUACAGGAAUUGUGCCAUCUUAGUUGGUCGGGAAUACCAGGAAAAGUGAAAGGAAUUACAUGGAGACUGCUUUCAGGAUAUCUUCCAAUGAAUAUAGAACGAAGAAAUGAGGUAUUAGAAAGGAAAAGACAGGACUAUUGGUCUUUAGUAGAAAAGUAUUAUUACACUGAACAUGAUGAAACCAACCGUGAUAUUCAACACCAAAUUAAUAUUGAUGUGCCAAGAAUGAAUCCUUCUAUACCAUUAUUUCAACAAAAAACAGUACAAACCAUGUUUGAAAGAAUAUUAUUUAUAUGGUCAAUACGUCAUCCUGCCUCUGGAUAUGUGCAGGGUAUAAAUGACUUAGUAACUCCUUUUUAUAUAGUGUUUUUACAAGAAUUUUUAAAGGAAGAUGAACCAUUUGAAAAGUGUUUUGUGGACCAAUUAACUGAAGAACAACGAAGGAUAGUUGAAGCAGAUUCAUUUUGGUGUUUAUCCAAAUUUAUGGAUAGUAUACAAGAUAAUUAUGUUUUUGCACAAAUAGGUAUUCAAAAAAAGGUGUUACAGCUUGAGGAAUUGAUUAAAAGAGUUGAUGAAAGUUUACAUAAACAUUUGAAAGAGCAUAACGUUAGUUAUCUUCAAUUUUCCUUUAGAUGGCUGAAUAAUUUAUUGACUCGAGAACUGCCAUUGCGUUGCACCAUCAGAUUAUGGGAUACCUACCUUGCUGAAAGUGAUUGCUUUGCAACAUUUCAGUUAUAUGUUUGUGCUGCCUUCCUCCUUUAUUGGAAAGAUUGUUUAAUGCAACAACAUGACUUUCAGGGAUUACUUUUGUUGUUGCAGAAUCUACCGACUCAAUCCUGGACUAGUUCUCAAAUAAGUUUAUUGGUGGCCGAGGCCUACAAACUUAAAGUUAUGUUUGCUGAUGCUCCCAAUCAUCUUUUAAGUAAUACCACCGGUGAUAGUUGAAUUAUUUAGAUUUUUAUUGAUAUUAUAAUGUGUCCAAUGUUAUAUUUUUUGUAUCGGGUUCUUUAAUUAUAUUGUUAAAGUAC